AUGGCGUCUCAACGGACCUUGUUCACCGCGUCCCGCCUACAGACAUUGACCUACUUGCUCGCCGUCUGCCCAUUCUCCAUCGCGUUUCUGGUGUUCAUCAAUUCAUCGAUCUCCUUUGUGGUGACUGAUCUAAUUGGGCUCCAUGAGGGCGAAGGCGAUGUGGUCGGGACCUUGGGAUUUGCAGAUGAGCUGCUCGCACUAGCAGCAUGCCCGAUAUGGGGGGUUUUGUCCGAUCGUGUUGGUGUCCGCCAUGUUUGCGUCGCUGGAUACGCCAUCGUAGCUCUCGCGUUGGUCGUGUUCGUACAGGCAAAAAAUAUCUACCCACAGUUACUGCUGGGAAGAUUGUUGUUUAGCGUUGGAGGCUCUGCGGUCUCGACAAUGGUUACUGCUGUCCUACCAGUUGUCACUGGUAGUACUAGCGGACCGCAGGAAUACCAGAGGUCACUGUCUUCUGAUUCAACACUUACAUCUGACCAGCCAACGAGCCCCGAUGCUGCAAACGAGCCGAAGACCGUGACAGGCUCGUCUUCUCGACUAGCAGGCUUUGUGGGCACCUGCGCUGGAUGCGGUGCCCUCGUGUCUCUGGUCCUUUUCCUUCCUCUCCCGGAACGCUUUCAGAAAUCAGGCCUAUCGCCUCCCGAGGCCAUACGGAGUAGCUACUACGUCGUCGCCGCGGUAGCUGUUUCAAUCAGCAUUUGUUGUCUUUUUGGCUUGCGGGACCUUCCCGGAGAAGAAGGAAAGGGAUGGAAAUCGUUUCUGUCGACUUUCCGGCAUCAAUCGCCCGAGAAUAGACAAAGCCAGAGAUUCCAGGACGAUAGUCUCUCCCCACUAUCCUAUUGGAGACAACUGAGGACCGCCGUUGCUUUAGGGGUUCAAAACCAAGAAAUACUCUUGGGAUAUGUUGGCGGAUUUGUCGCACGGGCUUCUUCAGUGGGAAUUUCGCUCUUCAUUCCCCUUUUCGUCAACCACUAUUACCGAGCGACAGGCCUCUGCAACAACGAUCCUCCAAAGGAGAUAUCCGCAUCUGACAUGAGUGACAUCAAAAAGUCUUGCUCAGAGGCGUAUAUCUUGGCGUCGAUCUUGACCGGAGUUUCGCAGCUAGUCGCAUUGUUAGCUGCUCCAGCGUUUGGCUUUUUGUCUGAAAAGUCACGGCGGUAUCAUCUGCCCCUUCUCACUUCCGCGUUGUCUGGUAUCGUUGGUUACUUGGCGUUCGCUUUGGUACCCAAUCCCCAAUUCAAAGGCCCUGAUGGGAGCGCGGGAGUGUUCGUUCUGAUGGCCUUGAUUGGUAUCAGCCAAAUUGGGGCCAUCGUUUGCAGCUUGGCUGUCUUGAGCAAUGGGAUUCUGAAGAUUAAUGCUGGAGAAAAGCCCCCCGGAGAGCACUAUGGGCAGGACCGUGACGACCAACCAGUCGACGAGGCGGACAGAAAUUCAAAUGAGGAUCAGCCCCUGCUGGAAGGAUCUGGGAACCAAAAUAUGCAACAGCAGUAUUCUCAACUCAAAGGCUCGAUUGCUGGCGUGUAUUCUCUUUACGGUGGAGCUGGUAUCCUUUUGCUCACCAAGCUUGGUGGGUAUCUCUUUGACACUCUGGACUCGGGGUCUCCAUUCUAUCUCAUGGCUGCAUUCAACGUCGUCCUAUUCGCGACGGGGAUAAUUUGCGGUUUGGUCAACAAGGCGAGAUCGACCCAACCCCAAGUGGCUCCUUGA